GCCCACAUACCCGCUGGCUUCUUCGGGCCUUCUUCGUGCCUUUCUCCACCUGACUGCACCAAAGUGUCUAGGUGCGGUGGGCUCCGUACCAAGUACAGACCGAGAGAGGUCUGCAGGCAUCGCAAUCCGCCUCGUACGACUGUCCGUCUGGAUGCUUCCAGCCUGCUCUUCCGCCCUCAUCCAUAACCAGCCCGGUCGGCUGCGUCGAGACUCGUCGCCCCAGCCACGGCAACAUCACCGGCCCAACAAAAGGAGCCCACACGCUCCCCGCGCUUGGCAGUCCGAAGGCGUCGCCGGUCCGAACCACCAUGGCAUGGCAUGCUGCGGCGGGCUCGAACACUAUUUUCUUCUUCUUCAACACGCGCCAGCGGGCGCAUAUAACCAAUCCACCCACAUGUCAUCCCCCUCCCGAGACAGUUCCACUAAAGGCCCGAUAUCUCCAGAAACGCGGGGUCAUUUUCCCCCGGAGCCCUCCCUGCGGUUGACCGCUCGCGUGUCGGCCAUGCUGUUCGCGACUCGGAACCUGGCGCUGACAGCUUCAGUUGCGGUGGGGAGACCCAGAGAACCCCCCCGGUCGGUGCGAGCUGGCGCGCGGGUUCCUCAUCGUCCCGGAGCUUUGCGAACGAAUAUGACGCACCCUCCUUAAGAGAUGAACCAUGUCGUCAGGCCGAACCUGCCCGAGCUCGGAAUCCUUCCAUGUGCGCCUCCAGCGACGUCUCCGUCGUCCGACUCGACUCCUGUUCACCAGGCGUGAAUAGCUACGCCUGUAGAUCACGAGCAACGAAGCUAUUGCCAGAGCCCCCCCCCCCCCC